GCAAAAUAAAAAUAAAACUUAUUACAUAGAGUUAAAAGAUAAAAUUUUUGCGCGAAGAGACGGAGCUCUUUCGUCUGAGAUAUGUCUGUCGGAUUUUUUUUUUUUUUUUUUUUUACGGCAAACGUCAUGCGAUAACAUAAACGAUACAAGAGCACGUCGAAGAUCUCAAACAAAGUUUCGAUCAAUGUGGUUUUUUGCAAUUCGAUUUAUACUUGAAACAUAUGAAGCGGCUGAAAUAAAUUAGCGAUUGAAAUCUUUUCCAACAACGAAAAAAUCGCGUUUUGUAACGUGUGUUUGAUAACGCGCCAGCCGGAACUAACAAUCGCGCGCAUGCAUAAUUUUCGAUUGCGAGCCAAACACCGCACACAACCAGAUGAUCGCAGCAAGUUGCUCCAACUCUCUACCCAAGUUGCUCUCCGCGCAAACGACACACGAAUUCGUAUGUACGUAAUUACUGUAUGUAUGUAUGAUCGUACACAUGACUGUGCAAGCGAUGCGAAUUAGACAAUACGUAAUGAGAAACUAAAGCAUUGCACGUACGCGUGAUCGUAAAAAGAAUUUAAACAAAUUCGAGGGAGAACGCUGCGAGCGUUUAUUUUCAUGAGUUCAGAGGAGCAGAAUACCAAUGAUAUUAUUCUUAGUAAGAAAUUGUCAUAUCUACUGCGUCAUGGUGCUAUAAAAGAAUAUUUAAACAUUAAGCCAAAUGGUUUUGUUGCCGUCGACGAAGUGUUGAGAAAACUGCAGUGUCAUUAUACUCUGGACGACAUCAAGAGAGUGGUGGAAACAAAUAACAAGCAGAGAUUUACUCUCAAAACCACUAAUGGUAUUUUAGAGAUUAAGGCUAAUCAAGGUCAUUCUAUAUCCAACAUCACUGAGUUAAGCUUAAAAGUACUUGAUUAUGUUGAUUGUGAUAUAAUUCAUGGGACCUAUUUCGAAAAUUGGAGAACAAUAAAAACCGAAGGUCUGUCUCGCAUGAGAAGAAAUCAUAUUCACUUCGCGAAAGGAUUAAACUUUGUCUGUGGUUUGCGUCACACUGCGGAGCUCUUUAUUUAUAUCAAUUUCGAUAAAGCGAAACAAGAUGGCUUAACGUUUUUUGAAUCUGAAAAUGGGGUUAUUCUCAGUCCUGGAAACGCAAGAGGAUUUAUUGAAACAAAAUAUUUUUUAAAAGUGUUCACUAAGGAUGGACAAGCACUGAUGUGGAAUUAUUAAAAAUUAAAUUGAUCGAUGAGUUUAUAAAAAUUAUAUUGAUUGAUCUUUA